CGGCAAACGAUCCAAAAUGUGGAGACCAUAGUUUGAUUUAUUAACGUGCUCGUCCUUCUUGGGCCAUGACGCGACAGCACAACCCUCACGACAGAGCCACGAUGUCAGGGGCGACAAGUUCUUUCACAGUUCACGAAGAGUCCUUCAAGGACAUCCUAGGAUCGACCCCAAAGCUGGAAUGCCUUCUGGAAAACCAGGUUUAUCCAUUUGCUCAUGAAGCAGGUGUAUUCAUCCCAGAAGACAAUACCUUGUUUAUUACGAGCAAUCAAUUUCCUGACCCAUUGAAUGGCGAGAAGAAUAUUCAGAUAUCCAAGGUCACUUUUGCCGGUGGCUCGGUUACGUGCGAGAAGAUCCAAACAGAGCAUGUUCCCAUGGCCAAUGGAGGCGUGAACUAUCAGAGCGGGAUUCUUUUCUGUGCCCAAGGCACGAAGUCGUCCCCUGGAGGUUUAGCUUUCAUGUCAUCCUCUCCUCCAUACCAAUCUUCAAUGCUUCUCACAGACUUUUAUGGACGUCAUUUCAAUUCUGUCAAUGAUGUGGUGGUCCAUAGCGACACUUCUCUUUGGUUUACAGAUCCGAACUACGGUUCUGAGCAAGGAAUCAGGCCGAGGCCAGUACUUCCAAAUCAAGUCUACCGGUACGAUGCCAAAUCGAAGGCAGUGAGAGCAAUGGCAGAUGGCUUUGGAAGGCCAAAUGGGAUUUGUUUCGGCCCGGAUGAGAAGAUACUCUAUAUCACCGAUACAGAUUGGAUACAUGGUGAUGGUACCACUGAUCUCACCCGAGCUUCAACUAUAUAUGCCUUCGAUAUCGUAGCGUACUCUGGGCAACCAUUUUUGAUCAAUCGAAGACUAUUUGCAUUCGCUGCUGUGGGUGUUCCUGAUGGGAUCAAAUGUGAUAUUGACGGCAAUGUUUACAGUGGUUGCGGAGACGGAAUUAAUGUCUGGUCCCGGGGUGGAGUUCUCCUAGGGACCACUGUUGUGGAAGGAGGGGUAGCGAACUUCUGUUUUGGGAGACGGCGAGCUUUUCAUCCUAAACGAAAACAAAUUGUGGCGUGCACAGCUCGGCGAACAUGCCAGAGGCGCGCUUCUCAGAAUCUGAUGGAGAGUGAAAGGUAUUGCAUGACCUGUAGAGAUGCACCUGUAUCCUGAACUGAAU